CGUUCCCAGGACAACGAAACGCUGAUCACCGAGGAAACCGAGCGACUCUUCAGGUUAACUACCGGUAGUUAACAACUCAACGAAGCUACAAGUACACGUCGAAACUCAUUUUAAAUCAGUCAGUUAAACAUUUUUCCUCGACUAAGAGAGUUUUAAAAAGUUUUUAAAAAGCGUGAGUCGACGAAAAUCACCCCAAAUAUGAGUCGUAACUGGAUGUACAACCGGCAGCAGAAGUUGCUGGCUCAGCGCCAGAGUCAGGAGCAGCACCGGCAGGAGGAGGCCCGGCGUGUGGACCGAGAGAGGCAGCUGCAGGCCGGUCUGAGGGACCAGGAGAGCCUCGAGACCAGGAGACACCUGCGGCAAGUGCAGCAGGAGUUCAGGGAGAGGCAAAUGGAGAGCGAUCUGCAGAAGGCAGAGGAGGAGAGAAUAAAUAGAGAAAGGCAACUUGAACAAGAGGAGAGAAUGGCUAAAGAGUUGGCCCGCAUCCACUAUGAGAAACAAAAAGACGAGAAAAUGAGGCAGUAUAUCAAAGAGAACAGCUUGGAGCUUCGGGAACUGGAGUCUAAACUGAAGUCUGCAUAUCUGAACAAGGAGAGAGCAGCACAGAUUGCUGAGCAGGAAGCCAUGAGGUUUGAGACGGUGCGGGAAGAGGCAGACUAUGCUCGCAAGAUGAAGAGCGAACGUGAGCGAGCAGCCGUUGAGCAGCAGAAACUGGAUCAGAAACGCCACGAGGAGCUGGUCCAGUACCAGGUCCAGCUGGAGCAGCAGCUCAUGGACAGAGAGCGCCAGAGACAGGAGGCAUACGAGGAGUUCCUCAAAGAGAAGCUCAUGGUGGACGAGAUUAUCAGGAAGAUUUAUGAGGAGGAUCAGAUGGAGCGACAGCUGAAACUAGAGAAGGUCAGAGCCACUCAGCAGCACAUUGAUGAAUUCAAGAGACAGCAGGCCGAGUGGAGACGCUUGGAGCAAGAAAAGACGGAGGCAGAGAACAGACGCAUCAUGGAGUUUGUGAAGCAGCGGCACCACAUGGAAGAGACCAGAAUGGCCAAGAUCCGAGAGAGAGAAGAAGCAAAGGAGCAUCUGCAUAAAAUGCUGUGUGAGAAGAUGGAAGAGGAGAGGCAGCAACGUGAAGAGAUGGAGCGGAUCCGCGACGAACUUUAUAUAGAAGAGCAAGAAGAGGCUAACAGACAGAGAGCAGUCGAAGAGAUGGAGAAGAAAAUCAGACAGAGGCUGAUGAUGCAGCAGACCUGCCAGGAGCAGAUGGCUUUCAAAGAGAUGCGGAGGCAGGCGGAGAAAGAGGAAGAGGAGGCCUUCAGGAAAACCAUGAUGGCGAAGUUUGCUGAGGAUGAUCGGAUCGAGCAGAUGAAUGCCCAGAAACGACGCAUGAAGCAACUUGAACACCAGCGCGAGGUGGAGAAACUGAUAGAGGCCAGAAGACGGCAGCGUGAGGCCGACAUGGAACUGGAGGCUAAAGAAAGAGCCCUUGAGCAGGAGAGGGAGGCGCUGCGCAAGAAGAUAAUUGAAGAAGAGAGGCAGCGACUGCUACAACGUCACGCAACAAAACUCCUCGGAUACUUCCCUAAGGUGGGAGACAGAGUGUGCAAAUCUGAAAUACCUUUACUGAGCUUCACAUCUUCAUGCAAGUGUGUGAAUUUCGGUGUAAAUAUUUUCAGGGCCUUCUCCGUGGAGACGACCUACAACACUUUGAUGAAGACUUCAGAAAACACUUUCAGUCCCGUCAGGCUGAUGUGUUCUCUGAAGACGGCUGGGAUAAUGAUGAUUAAACCUUAUCUUCUGCUGUGCCACUAGAGGGCAGUUUGAGGUUACUGUGAUCACUAAGUUCUACAUUUUUCAAUGUUAUGAUCUGACAGUAGUUGUUUUGCAUUCAGUGACAAAAAUCAUUUUAGACAUCUUUUUAUUCAAACUGUACUGACAAGAUCUCAAUAAAAUUCAUUCUAAAAAGA